UCUCUUGUCUCUGUAUCCUCCACAGAAAUCUCUCUCUCUCUCUCUCUCUGCAAAAUCAUACUGUGUUGAGCGAUGGAGAUCUCAGAAACCACAGAUGGCAAGGAACAUGAAGUGCAAAGUUCUGUGGGAAUAGGGCCACCCCAUGAAGCUUUGUUCCUCGCAGUAGCUUACUUCCCUCUCAUUGAGCUUCUUGCAACUAAAGAAGUGUGCAAGUCACUGAGAGAUGCUGUGAGCAAUGAUAUACUACCAUGGCUAGAUAUCAUUGUGAAAAAGCCUCUAAACUCACGGAUUACUGAUGAUAUCUUGAUCGAAAUCACAUCAAAGGCGAAGGGUCGGCUGAGAACGUUGGCUCUAAUCAGCUGUGGGAAGAUUACAGAUGAUGGGCUUCAACAAGUCGUCGAGAAAAAUCCCCUUCUUUGCAAGCUCUACAUACCUGGAUGCAACAGCUUAACCCCAGAAGGCAUAUUAAGAGCGGUGAAGGUUCUAACCAAGCACAACAAUAACCUAAUUAGCUUGAAAAUAUGCGGCAUCUAUGGCCUAAACAAACACCACCUUGAGACCCUCUGCUCCCUUCUACGAACAAACCAGAAACAGCAGAAGCAACAGACCAUCUUCUAUCACAACCACAAUAAUUUCCAAUCAUUCAGAAAUGAAGAAACCGAUCGUCCAAUCGACAUAGACAUAUGCCCGAAGUGCGAUCAACCAUGUAUGGUAUUUGACUGCCCGAGGGAGGUCUGUGAGUGCAGGGGUUGCUGCUAUUGUGUUCCGAAGUGUGCUGAGUGUGGGAGAUGUGUUGCGUACGAAGAACAAGUAGAUGCUGCUUGUGAGGAUACUUUGUGUUUGGAUUGUUGGAUUAGGCUUCAGAAAUGUGAUUUCUGUAACAGGCCUUACUGUAACAGACAUGCCGAUAGGCGCUGCCAAUUUCCAGGGUCUUCAGGAUUUGUGUGUGAUGCUUGUCAUUUGAAGUUUCUUCAAAGUUCAAGUGACUAAAAUGGUGCAGUCAUCUUCCAAGUCUCCUUAGUUAACUUUGUAUAGGUGUUUUACCAUGAAACAUACAUUACAAGCUUAGACAAUUGAUGCACUCUAAGGUACAUUAAAUAGGUUGAAUGUUUGAUAUAUGUUGCUGAGUCCAUUGUCCGAGUUGGCAAUAGUGAGGGGUGAAACGCCCUCUCUCUAUCUCUCUCUCUCUCUCUCUCUUUGCGGUCGUGAGUUCAAAUCUGCUUACAAUAGUAUUCCUCAUGAACCCAAUAGCGUGUGAGAGGGCACCCUUGUGUAGCUCGUGCCUUGGUGGGACUGUGGCGACAAGCUGUUCUAUUUGGUUUAGUUGUCCCUUCCUGCCCUUGUAUUGAGAAAAAAAAUAUCUGCUUAAAUAUCGAAACUCAUGUUCAAGGAGAUAUUGAGUUUGAAUUUCUCCACUUAUAUUUGUUUCC